AUGGGCCAGAUCCAACUUCCCCCCUCGCCCCCGGUCGUGGCCGCAGAACCCUCCACAUUGGACGAGCUCCCUUCCUACGAUGAAGUCACCAGACCAAUCGAGCCCUACCACGACAGCGAAAGCGACGAUCUCCUAUCCCCUCCGCCUGACGCGUACGAGAUCCCCGGCCAGCAAACGUACCAGAGCAUCCGACCGACCCAGCGGUUCUCUGGCUCGGUGACGCUCGAUCCGUCCUACUCCAGCGACCCUCGCAUGCUCGAGUCCUUGAUCGAGUCGCAGACGCGUCUCCCGCCGCGCCCAUGCCUGUCCAUUCACGGCAGCCAUAGAGAAACCCGACGGAGCGGGAACGAGACCAAGAACGAGAACGUGACGGAUUUCGAUUUUCGAAUCGACCUGACCCGCACAAUCCUGCGCUGGGGCCGCAAUGAAGCCAGUGGGCCUAGCGUGCGGUGGUCGUAUACGACCGUCGUGAGCGACCACGACGGGCAAAAGGCGUACCGCGGAGGACGGAUUCGGUCGCGCGCGGGCAACGCGAAGCCCGGGCGGAUCGCGCUCGGCGACGCGGUCGAGGGAGAGAGGCUCAUGGAGCUGGAGAGCCAGGAGGACUAUCCCGGGAUCAGGGGCUGGUGCGAGCGGUUCUGCAGCGAUCCCGCCCCCGUAAAGUCCUUCACUUACCGCCGCACCCUGCACGGCUUCGACGCGAACCCGAUGCGCACUUCGCUCACCUCCCAUAUCCGCUCAACCGGCUACCAGGGCCACAUCGUCAUCAACCCAGUCAUCGCCAACGGCUUCGUGACCGUCUACUCGCCGCACUGGAUCAAUACCCUGCGUAACAACGCCUACGUCUACUGGAUCUGUAUCGUCCUCCAACUUUGGCUCAUCACCUGGCCCAUUAUAUGGUUCAUGGAGCGGCGGUAUGAGGUCGUCCGGUCCGAGUGGUUCUCGUCCAAGACGGUCGCCGACGCUUCUACGCCCGGCGGGUCGAGAAAGUGCUACGCGGCCGCAGGGAUGGACGAGGCGAAGGCCGCCGAGCUGUGGGCGCCCGUUGUGCGCGAGGCUGCAUGGCAGAGGCGCGCUGGUGGGUGUAUCCUGGGCGAUGCCGAGAUCGAGACGCUGAGGAGGCAGGGCAUCGAGAGGAGAGAGCAGCUGGGUGAGGGUCGAGACUUGCUGCGGCGCGGGCAGAACCUGCUGGGGGCCAUGGGGAUCCGCAGUAUAGGGGGUGUGAACGUCACAGGGGCCUGGGGAGGCGAUAGCUCGAGCGCGAGCAGUUCGCGGUUCAGUAUCCGGAUGGGCUGA